UGUCUGUGUGUGUGUGUGUCUGUCUGUGUGUCUGUCUGUCUGUGUGUCUGUCUGUCUGUCUGUGUGUGCUUUGGCCUGGUCUGGCGGGCAGUCUGUUCACUCAGCAGGAAGUUCCUUUUCCACUCCAUCCUCUCAUCACUCCUGCUGCUGGAAAAACACUGCUACUGACACACACACACACACACAGACCAAUGGCACUGUGUUGCCAUUUACCGACAGUGUUGUUGGGAUGAAAAGCUGUAUUAUUGACAACACAUUGACUCAGCAGCUGGAACCAUGGAGUGGGUUGUCUGUGUGAUAUUGAUUCUUCCAUGUAAUCUGCUUUCUGUCUAUCUGCCCGUCUUUUUUCACUCAUCUCCGUCUCUUGUUCACUUUCAGUAUUUCAUUCACUCUCUUUCAAAUCCUUUCCACGCUGUCACCGCUUUGUAUGUCUCAGCUUUUCUGCCUUUAACUGUCUUUGUCACUUGUGUGUGUGUGUGUGUGUGUGUGUGUCUGUCACUUGUCCGUGUGCGUGUGUGUGCGCUGCCCUCUCCGUCUUACUCGUCUGUGUUUCUGCGUAUCAAAGUGACACACGUGCUCUUAAGUGGUAUAUGCGAUGCAUCGUUAAGUGUCAAGUGAGCAGUGCCGCGUUUAAAGCCACAGCCGAAUACAUUCUCCCCACAGCGAUGUGUAGACGUUGAUUGGGAGAGCAGUGAAGAGUGACAGGCCUUCCUCACUCAGUGAACACCGUGAACACGCAUACUGACACCAUUCCUCACUGUGGGACUUUCCUCGCCUCUUAUACACUCACAUAGCCCGCCUAAAUGAUUUGUCCAGCCCCAUCAAUACAACUUAAAGACACUUUUAUGGUAUAUGGACUUUAUUUGCUCAAUGUUUUCUGCUCCUGUGAUUUAUUUAGCUUCAAAUUGUGAUUAUUAACCUUAAUUGUCAAAGCAGGGAACAUAUUAUUUGCCUUCCUUCUGCAUCUUGCAUCCACAUCGCUCUGCUUUCAUAUUAGCACACAGGCACAGACUGGUGUGCAUCAUAUGUAGUGGCACUGUGGUGUUACUGUAAAAAGUGUCUGUGUGCUCUGUAAUGUCUGUUUACCAAGAAGAGGGAUAGUAAUUAUGAAACUGGCAUAAUAAUGGCCAUCUUUUAGUUAUCCCUUAGUUGCCAGGAUAACGUCCAAAUACAAGCGUAUUAUAAAGAAUCUACAAACCAUCACCAACAGCCUGAUUUUAAGUUUCUCUUUAUGCAAUCGCAACACUUAUAGGAUAGAAAAAUGAUCCCUAUGCAGUUUAAUUCCUCCUGGAUCGCCUCUGAAGCUCAUUUGGGGAGCAAACUAAUUGGCUCUGAUCGCUGCAUCACUUUUCAUUCUUUGCGGUUUUGUCUUUGAUGUGAACGAUGAAUCGCAAAACGGUCGCCUUGUUUAAUGGAUAAACGUUGAUAUUAAGUGAGCGUUUGCCUGCGGCUGUCGGACCAGUUACAUUGCCGCGAGUCAGUGCCCCAUAAUCAUAAACGUCUUUAAAGCAGACAUCUCCUCUGGGUCGCCUUAACCGAAGGGAAGGAAGAAGGAUGAGAGAGGAGGACUUUAGGGAGGGAGGAUAAGCAGCAAACAGGUGCCUAUGACUUCUCACCAUUAAAGAAACCAUUAAGCAGCAUGUUUACACUCAAUGGAAGGUGUCAGAAUUGGCCUAAAGAUCAACAUGUGGUCGAGUAAAAGUUGUAUAAAAAGGGAUUUGAACCUCACUGUUAUUUUGUUAAUUUAAUUAAACUUGUACUUAAAUAAAGUAAAGUGGCUAAAGGUCACUUGGCUCUUUUGAGAGACUUCAUCAGAUGGUUGCUUCCUGUGAUCCUGAUCACUUCCUGGAGGUUUAAACCGUACUUUUGAUUGGUGGUUAAAUAGAAAGCGUUUUUUACAUUUAGGAGCAGGAAGGCUGCAGCGUGCUGCAUAUGUCAGCAGUAAUGAAUGUGUUUCAAAAGCUCCGCCGUACACUUGUUACUUUCCCCGAUGUGGUUAAACCAGGCAUGACAGUGCUGCUGGUGCACAGGAAGAGCUGAGUGAAGGCUGAGGCCCAUGAACCAACAGGCGUGCAUGACGUUCGCCACAGACUGCCUGAAACGCAUCGCCUAACUAUUGAUAACAUCAUCUUUCGAUAUUUCAUUUUUCUCCUGUGAGUCAGCCGCUCUGGAGGAAGUCUGUCUUCAUGCUAGCUGGUCGACACCAGAGACAACCAGACCUGUUUAACUUGAUGGAAACCGUGUGUGAGUUUGUGGGGAGAUCUUCUGCUUGCUCACCGUAACAGGGUUUCAGCUUUAGCAAUCUACUCUGGUUGGUUGUAAACUGAAUGUUGACACAUGGGACUUUAACCAAAGAUUGUGACUGUCUCUUACUCAGGUUUCCUGAACUCGCAGUAGAAACACUGAUCCAGGAAGUUCAGCUAUCGGUUUUUAUGAAUAUUGAAUAUCUCUGUUAAUAUAUGAGCACAGGCACAGCCCCGGAAUAUAAACUGCAAUCUUAGAUUGCCUCUCUUCCUCUGAGACUCUGUAAAUGUGCUAACACUGGCUGUUGUGAGCCAGCCAUAGGAUUAAUAGAUCAUGUAUUAACAGCACUUUACUGAGGCCUGGUGAAUAUGUAACAUUGUCAUCUGGGUGUUUCUUCAGGUCGGUGCAGUGCUUCGGUAGAAUACCCAGUGUGUAGUAUUUGGCCUGGUUUCUCCACCUUGCUGCAACUCUAACUAAUGGCACCGUACUCCUCUCAAAAACAGCAAAAACCUAAUAAUGGAGCCAUCUUGGCUCUGGGUCCAUGAGGCACUGUGGUCGUCCGUCUCACUUCUGCAUGCGUGUGUAUGUACAAGCUUUGUGUUUUUGAGAGUUACAUUUGUGGGUGUAUGGCAGGUUUCUGUGUGUGUGUGUGUGUGUGUGUGUGUGUGUGUGUGUGUGUGUGUGUGUGUGUGUGUGUGUGUGUGUAAGUCGGUGCAUAUGUGUGCGGUCGCUCUGAGCAUGUGUGCAAGUGAACGCUGCUAUGUUGCUGCUUGUUCGUGUGCGUGUGUGUGCGCGUGGGGACAGUCCACUCUCCUGGAUUAAAGACCUUUAAUCCCGCCCGAUCCUCAUCAGCUCUGAAGUUCGUGGGUGCAACUUGUUAGUCGAGGAGAAUGUGUUGCUCAACCUUAAAAGUCCGAUUUGCAUGGCUGACUGACUCCUGGUCCUCGGUUAGGAGCUCUGCUCAGAGAGACGUGAGCUCGGCUCUCGUGAUGGCUGCACCUCUCACUUCUAGUUUGGAUCAGCAACUUUUAAUUGGGUCUCUGCUUCUUUUUUUUUUCUGCCGCCUAAUCUCCUCCUAAAGCCAAGAAGACACACAUGCACCGUUCUAAAGUAGUGCUUUUAGCCUAAUUAAUUGUACGGUCUUAAGAUUUUCAGAGAAUAGAGAGUGUGUUUGAACCUGCACUGAAGUGAGUCCUUGACUCGGUUAUGACUAAGGCCUCGACCGAAGGAAUUCUUAGUCGACUAAAAAUGAGACGACUUUGUUGAUUUAUCGAUUAAGUGAUUUAAUCAACAGAUUUGUGUCUCUUCACACAGAAUCAUCAAAAGAUGAGAAAUUAAAGAGAUCUGAUCGGAUUUUCAUGUAACAGUAAUAUAAUAUAUAUAUAUUAUAUGUAACAGUAGCUCUGGUAAACUCAACAGGUAAAACGUUCUCGCAGCAAACUGCCCUCGGUGUAUUUUGUUCCCUUUUAUUUGGACUGCCUCGACUCCAAACGCUACAAAGACUUCACCUCUUUUGUUCCUCCUUGUGAGUCAGAGAGACAGCAGCUCAUUGUCUUGUUCGCUGAUGUCUGUGUUUGAAGCGUUCCUAUUUACAGGCCGGUACUCUGGUAGCAAUGUGGCUCUGUCCUAUCUCACGGGACAUUGACUAAUUUCUGUGUUGACAUACGCUGUUGACUGCACGUGAAUUGGUACAUAUCCCAGACAGACAGACUGUUAUCAUUGUUUAAUACAGAUGUCUCUCACCACUCACAGGGAGCUCAGCGAUGAAUAAGCUACGGCAGAGCUUCCGCCGGAAGAAAGACGUCUACGUGCCGGAGUCGAGUCGGCCGCACCAGUGGCAGACGGACGAGGAGGCCGUCCGCAGUGGCAAAUGUAGCUUUGCAGUCAAGUACCUGGGACAUGUGGAGGUGGAGGAGUCCCGAGGCAUGCACAUCUGCGAGGAUGCAGUGAAGCGGCUUAAGACGGACAGGAAAUUCUUCAAAGGAUUCUUUGCAAAAGCUGGAAAGAAGCCAGUGCGCGCCGUGUUGUGGGUGUCAGCAGACGGUCUUCGUGUUGUCGAUGACAAAACAAAGGACCUGAUCCUGGACCAGACAAUAGAGAAGGUGUCGUUCUGCGCUCCGGACCGUAACUUUGAGAGGGCGUUCUCUUACAUCUGCAGAGACGGCACCACGCGGCGCUGGAUCUGCCACUGUUUCAUGGCCAUUAAAGACUCAGGAGAGCGUCUCAGCCAUGCUGUGGGUUGUGCCUUCGCCGCCUGUCUGGAGCGAAAACAGAAACGGGAGAAGGAGUGUGGGGUCACGGCAACCUUUGACGCCAACAGAACCACUUUCACCCGGGAGGGCUCAUUUCGUGUUACGACAGCAACGGAGGCGGCAGAGCGGGAAGAAGUCAUGAGGCAGCUACAGGAUGCUAAAAACGCGGAGACAGACGUGAAGGUUGCUGGGAACUCAGCCACCAGUGUGACGAACUCCUCAGCGCACCCGACGGGAGGCUCCCCCUCGCCGUCGUCCUCGCCUCCUCUCUCCAUGUCCACCCUGGGACCUCAGGUGAUACCGCGCCGACACGCACCGGCCGAGGCUCUCGCCAGGCAGGGCUCCUUCAGAGGCUUCCCGGUCCUCAGUCAGAAGACGUCUCCCUUCAAACGACAGAUGUCACUGCGCAUGAACGAGCUGCCCUCCACCAUGCAGCGCAAGUCUGACUUCCCCAUGAAGAACACAGUCGCUGAAGUAGAGGGAGAAAAUGACAGCAUCAGCUCGCUGUGCACUCAGAUCACCUCGGCGUUCAGCGGACCCCCAGAGGACCCCUUCUCCUCAGCACCAAUGCCCAAACCAGCGUCAUCCCCUCAGUCUCCUGUAGCACCAGUGAACGGCACGUCUCCUGCCUUCUCUGUUGUUGCUGUUGCUGCUGCUACUGCUGCUAACCCCCCAGUUCUGCCCCCCGCUCUGCCUGCUCGAGACACUAACCCCUGGGCUAAAACUCCAGCAGGAGCCCCGGCCUCAGCACAGCCAGGAAGUAACUGGUCAUCGCCUGCUCCGGUGAUAGUGGUCCCGCCCAUGUCCUCCCCGUCCAUGUCCUCCCACAGACGCACCCCAUCAGAAGCCGACCGGUGGUUAGAAGAAGUCACCAUGUCUGUCCGAGGCCCACAGCCCAAUCCAAUCAUGCCACCCGCCCAGUUCACUGCCCCUGUGGCGAUGCCUGUGGCGCCCGUUCCCUCUGUUACCCCGGUGCCCUUCAUGUCCUCUCUGCCCUCCACCGUGCCCAUGUUGCCCCCCCGCCAGCCCGCCUUCCACGCUCAGGCUCCGGCCUCCUACCCGAUGCCCAACGGGCUGCCGUUCCCUCAGCCCAGCGUGCCCGUGGUCGGCAUCACUCCUUCACAGAUGGUGGCUAACGUGUUCGGCUCGGCCACGCAGCCCCAGCCGUUCCCCGUCCCGGCCUCCACAACACCCCAGCACCAUCCCCAGGCCGCCUGCCACAUCAGCCCGUUCAUCAAACCCCCGCAAUCCAACGUGGUGACCCUCGCUCCCGUCCAGCCGUCCAACGGCAGUGUGACCUUUAACGGGGCAGACAACUGGGCUGCUCCGUCCCAACUCGCUCCCUCCUCCCCUUUCACCCAGCCGCCCCCAGACCCGCCGGAGGAUGCCUUUGAGGCCCAGUGGGCAGCCUUGGAGGGCCGCUCGCGCCAGCGCACCACACCCUCCCCGACAAAUCCCUUCUCCACUGAGCUGCACAAGACCUUUGAGAUCCAGCUCUGA